AUGUUGACAAAGUCGAGAAUUCACACCAUACCCACUCAAUGGCAACGUGAAGUCCCAGAUGACAAUGACUACGACCACUUGCCAGCCUUCGCUGAUGCUAGCAGCAAUAGUAGCACCAUACCACAUCCAAACAGCAAAACUCGUGAAGUGGCGAACGAGGCACCUACCCAAAUUUCCAACAAUCAUGAAGCACUUCCUCCAAGAGUUAUCCAGAUCGAUACCCCUGCGAAUACCCUUAUUGCACUCGAUAGCUACAAAGCCCAGCGUAAAGACAAAGAAAGACGCGAAGAGAAUAUUGGAGAUUUUUCGGAGGCUGAGGUUUCCAUGACCAUGGAACUUUACGUAGGUGGGAAGGGAAUUGCCGUCACAGCUCAACCUGUAAAUCUGCAUGGGAAUAAUCGCAUGUUUGUUUGCACACAGCUGCCAAUACAAGAGCACAAACUGGACUUUCCCGAUACAUUUAUUGUGAAGCAAGUUGAUAAUCAGGAUGAGCAUAAUACUUAUGAGCAAAUCCAAGGUUUGCAAGGCUCUUACAUUCCAAGAUGUUAUGGAGAGACCACAUGGCAUGAUAAAGAGGUUCAAUAUACCGGAAUUGCAUUGGAGUUCUUGGAAGGAUACGGUACGUUGGAGCCUGGUAUGGAUGACCAAGAGAAGGCGUUGAUUCAAAAGAAGUGCGAGGCUGCGAUAGAGGCCAUUGGUAUGGGAGGAGUAUAUCAUGGUGACAUCGCAUUUAGGAACUUGAUGUGGCAUCCAUUCAAGAAGGAAAUCAGGGUCAUCGAUUUCGAAUGCUCAAAAUCGAAAAUGGAGGAGUGGGUAAGAGAUAAUGAGUGUAGACGAGCACUUGGUAGGAGAAGCCCAUCAUUUCAAGAGCAAAACUUCAUUGACCUACGGAGUAUAUUUAGAAAGAAAUAUUCAAGAGAUUGCGGGAGUAUCUAG